AUGAGAAUAUUAGCUUAUGGAGUCUCUGGAGAUUUUGUAGAUAAAUACUUGCGGAUUGCAGAAAAUACAGCAACCGAGUGUUUGAAAAAAUUCGUUAAGGCUAUCAUUGGCAUAUUCUCCCAUGAAUACUUAAGAUCCCCAAAUGAGAAUGAUAUAGCUAGAUUAUGCGCUGUUGGAGAUAGUCGUGGGUUUCCUGGGAUGUUAGGAAGUAUUGAUUACAUGCAUUGGAAAUGGAUAUAUUGUCCAAGUGCUUGGAAAGGAAUGUAUUGUGGUCAUAUUCACGAGCCAACUAUAAUUUUAGAAGUUGUAGCGUCAUAUGACCUCUGGAUAUGGCAUGCAUUUUUUGGAUUACCAGGCUCCCAUAAUGAUAUUAAUGUCCUAGAACACUCUUCUGUUUUUAGAGAGCUUGCUGAAGGACAUGCUCGAAAGGUCAACUACUCAAUAAAUGGAAAUGACUAUUCGAUGGGCUACUAUCUUGUCGAUGGUAUAUAUCCUUCAUGGUCGACGUUUGUCAAAACAAUUCAUGCUCCACAUGGCCGUAAAAAUAAACAUUUUGCAGCAACUCAAGAAUCAGCAAGAAAAGAUGUAGAAUGA